CGCGAGCGCUGGAGAGCGACAGUCAAACUUUGGAUACCGACAGAGAGAAGGACAGCAGACGAACAGGGAACUAACAGACCGAGGCUUUUUAAACCGUUCUAACUUUCUGGAUAUAUUAGCGCUGGAUAGCUCUUGCUUCUCGACUUUUGACAGGAUGAUGUUUACCAGCCUUAGCGCCGACUGUGACGCGUCUUCCCGGUGCAGCACGGCGUCGCCGAGCGGCGAGAGUGUCGCGUAUUACCCGCUCAACCAGACUCAGGAGUUGACAGAUCUGAGUGUCUCAAGUGCCUCUUUCGUGCCAACCGUCACGGCGAUCUCUUCUUGCCCGGACCUGCAGUGGAUGGUUCAGCCCAUGAUUUCAUCUGUGGCGCCAUCCAACGGUGGAGCUCGAUCUUACAACCCAAACCCUUACCCCAAAAUGAGAGUCACUGGAACGAAGUCCAACAAGAGAUCCCGAUCUGAACAGCUUUCUCCAGAGGAGGAAGAAAAGAAAAGAGUCCGCAGAGAACGUAACAAGAUGGCUGCUGCAAAAUGUCGCAACCGCAGACGAGAACUCACUGACACACUGCAAGCUGAAACCGACCAACUUGAGGAUGAGAAAUCCGCUCUUCAAAACGACAUCGCCAGCCUGCUCAAAGAGAAGGAGAGGUUGGAGUUCAUCCUCGCUGCACACAAACCCAUCUGCAAGAUCCCCACUGACAUGGCCGCCAGCUUUCCAGAGCCAUCCGUCUCACCUAUCACCUCCGAUUCGGUCCCUGAGAUCCACAGCGUCACUACCUCAGUGGUCUCCACACAAAGCGCACCGGUUACAACCUCUUCCAGCAGCUCACUGUUUUCCAGCACGCCCUCCACCGACAGCUUCAGCUCCACGGUGAGGAUCUCAGACCUGGAGCCCUCACUGGAGGAGUCUCUGGAGCUCCUGGCCAAAGCUGAGCUGGAAACGGCUCGCUCUGUCCCAGACAUGGACCUGUCUAGCUCUCUGUACACUCAAGACUGGGAGCCGCUCUACACGCCCGCUAACACCGACCUGGAGCCUCUUUGCACGCCUGUCGUCACCUGCACUCCGGCCUGCACCACCUAUACGUCUUCCUUUAUGUUCACCUACCCAGAAAACGACACCUUCCCCAGCUGUGGGCCCGUGCACCGGAGGGGCAGCAGCAGCAACGACCAGUCGUCCGACUCCUUGAAUUCCCCAACCCUCCUCACUCUUUGAAUUCACUAUUGACUCUUAGAAUUUAUAUUUCUGUCACAACUUGAUAUAAAAAGGCAUUGCAGGGCUAUGGAACUGACUCUAUCAAGCAAUCACGAUUGCUUCCUAUAUUUAUCUGAACCAUAUAUGCCUGCCAAAUGUAGCAAGAUAAGCAUGGAUUAACUGAUUUUGCAUUAAUGAUCUGGUUAAUGUUAAGUUAAACUAAUAAUCUAGUUUUUUUUUUUUUUUUUUUGAGUUUACUGGUGCUAGAUUUCAAUUGUUGUAUUAGUGUGUUCUGAGCAAUAGAGAACUAAUAUGUUUUGACUUCACGGUUGAUUUAUGAAUGUGUGAAUUUUAUUUACUCAAAUGUGUGCUGCCUAACCAUUGCAUUAAAUGGUCUAAUGUCCAAGUAUGAAGUUUUCUGUGAAAACGUAGUCUCUUUAAUUUAUGGGAUUUUUAUUUUUGUACUGAAAUGUGAACUUGCGAAUUGUUUGCAAAACUAGAAACAAUAAAUAUUAAAUGUACAAAAAUGA